AAUAUUAAACGGUGAAUAGUAACUGUUAACUAGUAACAAAAAAAAUCAAACAAAAAGUAAAAUUGAAAAAAAAAAUAAUAAAAAAUAAAUAAACUUUAUUUAAAGUGAAAAUAUUUUGGAACUAAAAAGGAUUAAAAAGGAUUAAAAUAGUUUUAAAUCAAAAAUUCUUUUAACUCUUAAAGAUUUAUAUAAAAAAAUAAUUUAAUUUUAAGAAUUUUAAAAUUAAUUUAAAAAUAUUUAAAACAAAAAAAAUGUAUAAAUUAGCAUUAAUUUUAACCGUUUUGGUAUAUUUUGUUGCUGGAAGACCACAAGGAGGUGAACAACCCGAACCGUAUGAAUAUCAAUAUGAAGUAAAAGAUCCAGAAAAAGAAUUAUUUUUUGAUAAAAACGAAAUCGGUGAUGCAGCCGGCAAGGUAACAGGAAAAUAUUCAGUAUGGUUACCGGAUGGACGUUUGAUGACUGUAGAAUAUAGCGUAAAUGGUGAAAGUGGCUAUGUACCAAAAGUAUCAUUUGACACAACAAAUCCACUUGGUUAAGAGUAACUCAAAUAUAAUAAAACAUUUUACCAUCAAAGGACAGUGUACUAGUAAAAACAUCAAUAAUUUAAAUAACCAAAACGCUUUUCAUGAGAAAAAUUGCAAUGAUAAAGAUUGAACAUCAAAAUCUGUAUUUAUUUUGAACAAAAUUGUUGGUUUUUUUGUAAUUAAAUAAGCAAAAACAUAUUAAAUAUAGUGACAUAUACAUAACACACAAAGAAACACAUUAAAUUUAAAUUAACACGCAAACAAAACACUUUAAACUCUAAAUAUAAUAUUUUCAAACAUAAGAAAAAAAAACAGAACAUUGAAAAUUAAAAAAAACAGUUCUCAUUAUCUUGACAUAAUUAUUUUCUCAAUUCUUUUUUAAAUUAGGAAAAAGUUUAUUACAAUUCUAAACUAAGCAUAUUUUUUUAUUUAAAAUAAUUGAUUACUUAUUUAAUUAUAUACAUACAUAUAUAUACACAUAAAAAUGUACAUAAAUAAAGAACACGUUUUUUUUUCGUUAAU